UAUAACAUUUUGCAUGACUUUUCCUUCCUUUUUGUUCAAACAAAAGUAUGAUUUUAAAUUAUAUUUAAACCUUGCCUUUAAGUGCAUGCCUAGUUCCUUUUUGUGUUCUGGCUGUAUUACCCUCCAAGAAACGUGUAAAGAGGAAGGUAAUGUAUGUCCGAUUUGUCGAUGUCACUGAAUAGGCUUUAGGACGUUGCCUAGCAACACAUCUGCUUGCAGAGAAUAUGUUUUCUUGUAUUCUCGACCGAAUUUUCAUUUAGGCCGAGCUCAGUAACCCUGUGUAACACAUAGUUGUGCCAUAACUGAACACUCAUAUGCAAUAAUCAUUUAAUUAUGAAGGAUCAUUAAAAAUGCCCCAGUACCAGCAACUUGUGGGUCUAUAUAUUAAGAUUGAAUACAUAAUGCGAAAGAUAACACAUGUAGGUCCUGUAAUUAUUUACUCUUAUAGUCUCGUAUAACCAUAAUGAUCUAUGACUACAAGUACAGCGACUACUACUACUACUAAUAAUAAUAAUAAUAGCCAUAAUAACAACUAUAAUAAUAAUAAUAAUAAUGAGCAGAAGAAGAAGAGGAGGAGGAGGAAGACUUGUUAUUAUUUUUGAUGCAUAAUAGCAAAUCUUACAACUGAUUAAUAACAUGUUUUAUUCCAGGAAAACCAUAUGACAGGAAGUGUAGCAUACUGACAUUGCAGUCCCUAUCCGUUUGUUUAAAGGGUGUGUGUAUGUGUCUGUGUGCGUACCCGCGAGCGUGUGUGUCUGCGCGCGCGCACUAGCACAUGCAUGGCACGGCAACGAAAUCAUAUUUUCAGUUUCCCUACAGGGCCUUUUUCCAUCGAGCCGGCGUGCAGCACAUCGCAAAAUAAAGCGCGGUCACCGCGCAAACGCCCUUCUGCGCUAACCGUCUCCCAGCCCGAUGCGUGUGAAGCGCUCGGGAAGGUCAGCACCCGUCUCCAAGCCAGUGAAAACGUAACGUCGCGGACUAGCACAUCCAGUACCCGUCCCGGUUUCUCUGGGACUCUCCACUCACAUCUCCGAGUCCCUUUAAAGGUCGCGCUGACGCGGGUCCGAGCGCCGACCUCCGUGAAAACAGCGGCGCGGGAGAGGCUGUCGCUGGAAGCUGCGAGGAACCGACCCCGACCCACCGACCGAAUCCAUGGCAACAGCAAUGGCAGAAGCGGAGAUCCGUCAGAAACUGCUGCGCACCGUGAAGAAGGAGGUGAAGCAGAUCAUGGAGGAGGCGGUGACCAGGAAGUUUGUGCAUGAAGACAGCAGCCAUAUUGUGUCUUUCUGCGCUGCAGUAGAGGCAUGCGUACUGCACGGGCUGAAGCGGCGAGCCGCGGGAUUCCUGCGCAGCAACAAGAUCGCGGCACUCUUCAUGAAGGUGGGCAAGAGCUUUGCACCGGCUGAGGAGCUGUGCAGAAAAGCCCAAGAACUGGAGCAGAUCAUAGAGAGCAAGCGUAACCAGGUGCCCCUGAACCACGAGAGCUCCAGGAAGCUGCCCAAGAUGCCAAACAUCUCCCCUCAAGCUGUCAGACACCUGUGGAUUCGCACUGCCCUCAUAGAGAAGGUUUUGGACAAAAUUGUGCUUUACCUGGUGGAGAACAGCAGCAAAUUCUAUGAGAAGGAGGCAGUUCUGAUGGACCCCGUGGAUGGACCCAUCCUGGCAUCUUUGUUAGUGGGACCCUGUGCUUUGGAGUACACCAAGAUGAAGACAGCUGACCACUUCUGGACGGACCCCUCGGCUGACGAGCUGGUCCAGCGGCACCGCAUUCACAGCGGCCACUGUCGACAGGACUCCCCUACCAAGCGGCCGGCAUUGUGUAUCCAGAAGAGGCACUCCAGCAGCAGCAUGGACGAGCGGCCCUCACCUUCGCUCUCGGCCCGAGACUACGUGGAGUCACUGCACCAGAACUCCAGGGCCACAUUGCUGUUUGGCAAGAACAACGUCCUUGUGCAGCCGAGGGAUGAUAUGGAGGCCAUCCCUGGCUAUCUGUCCCUCCAUCAAACAGCAGAUAUCAUGACCCUGAAAUGGACUCCGAACCAGCUGAUGAAUGGGUCUGUAGGGGACCUGGACUAUGAGAAGAGUGUGUACUGGGAUUAUGCCAUGACCAUUCGCCUGGAGGAGAUCGUCUACUUGCACUGUCACCAGCAGGUGGACAGCGGGGGCACGGUGGUGCUCGUGAGCCAGGAUGGCAUCCAGCGGCCCCCUCUGCGUUUUCCUAAAGGGGGACACCUGCUGCAAUUCCUGUCCUGCCUGGAGAAUGGCCUCCUGCCCCAUGGACAGCUAGACCCUCCACUGUGGUCGCAGAGAGGAAAGGGAAAGGUUUUCCCGAAACUGCGUAAGAGAUGUCUGCAGAGUUCAUCGGAGUCCACCUCCGACAAAGAGGAGGAUGAGGCAACAGACUAUGUCUUCCGCAUCUUGUUCCCUGGUAGCCAAUCAGAGUUUGUAACCCCAGACCUGAUGGACCAGGGGGCAAGUAUGUGGCACCCGACCCCCAGGAAGUCCUCCUGCUCCUCCUGCUCCCAGAGUGGCUCGUCGGAUGGGGGCCCCCCCAAUGGCUGCAACCAGGAGAGGGCCCCCCUGAAGCUGCUCUGUGACAACAUGAAGUAUCAGAUCAUCUCCCGGGCCUUCUAUGGCUGGCUGGCAUACUGCCGCCACCUCUCCACGGUGCGCACCCACCUGUCCGCCCUGGUGAACCACACCAUCGUGGAUCCCGACGUGCCUUGCGACGCCCGCGGGGGUCUCUCUGUGGAGGUGUGGCGCAGCUUCCUGAAUGACUGCACCGCUUAUGAGGAGCAGGAGCUGCUGAGGCUGGUGUACUUCGGGGGGGUGGACCCCUCACUGCGCAGAGAGGUCUGGCCAUUUCUGCUGGGACACUACCAGUUUGGGAUGUCAGAGGCCGAGAGGAAAGAGGUGGACGACCAGGUGCGGGCCUGUUAUGAACAGACCAUGAGCGAGUGGCUGGGCUGCGAGGCCAUCGUGCGGCAGCGGGAAAAAGAACAGCAUGCAGCCGCCCUGGCCAAGUGCUCGUCCGGGGCCAGCGUGGACAGCGGCGUCCAGCGCAUGAUGCACCGCGACUCCACUGUCAGCAACGAGUCCACCCAGAGCUGCAGCUCAGGCAGACAGAGCCAUGCACGACUGCAGAGUGACUCCAGCAGCAGCACACAGGUGUUUGAGUCAGUGGAGGAAGUAGAUCAGAUAGAGAUGGAACCCAAGGGUGACGAGACCAAGCAGGUUCCCAAAAUCCCCAACGGUGCCCUGCCAAAUGGUACUAGCUCCCCCGAUUCGGGACACCCCUCCUCCCGCAACUUCUCCAUCACUUCCGGCCUCUCGGACCGCUCACUGAGCACUGAAGACAGCAGUGCGCCCGAUCCGGCAGCUAAAGGUGCCUCUCUCCAGCCACAACUUCCUCAGCCAAGCCCAGUCAAGGCAGAGCAGCAAGCUGAGCCCAUUCCUGCUGCCAGUGUAGACACCAAGCUUCAGGUCCCUCCUGAAAAGGGAUCAGUUGCCAAGGAAGGAGCCAAAGGCAAUGAAAGACAGGAAGCCAUGGCUGUAGAUAAAGAGGUCAUCAGUGUUGGGGAGAUGAUGGAGUGCAAGACUCAACAGACAGGGGGCGAUGUGAGUCUAGAGACCAAGGAAGCAGAGAUUCCAGCAACACAAGCCAGCAGUGCUUCAGAAACUGUAAAGGCAGAAACCCCUGAAACGAAGCUGGUGUCCAAGUGUCCUGAAGCAUGGGGGGCUGUGGGUGGAGAACUGAAGGAGCCAGGUGCGCGAGAAGCACCAGCCCAAGGUUCAGAAGCAACUGACGGCCACCAUAAUGCUAAAGAAGAAGCCAAAGGUGAAGAAAUGAAAGAGGGGAAACCCACUGAAUCCGAAGAGAUCAAGGUUCAGCAGAAGAAGGAAAAUGGAAUGAAGUUCACGGAUAUUAACAUGCCUAAGAUGUUUGAAACUGGGUCCAAAUUGUUGACAGCUACUGAAAUUCCAAGUUCUGUAAGGACUGAGGAGGUCCUGCUCACUACAGACUCUGAUGAGUCUCCUUCUGCGAUUGAAAUGGAGGAGAUACCUCUGGUUGCCAAAGUGUCCAUGAGCCCGUGGGACAGGAAGGCCCCCUCCGAGAGCACGGGAGACUCGCUGUCAGCCCUAGCAGACAGCGUGGGGGCGAGCCCAGAAUUGGAGGAUGCGGAAUUGGGUCCGGCAGGGUUGCCGGUACUGGAACUGCGGCUGGAAGAUGACGUGGGGAAGGCCAGCCCAGAGGGGAGUGGGUCAGCCCUGUCCGAGCCCGAGAUGGAAAGUCUCUUCCCCCAGUUUGAUUCCCUGGCCGUUGGCGGGGAAGUGAAAAAUGAAGCUGCAUCACCUGUCUCCUCCAUUGGAACCACCUACUCCCAAGAGCUACUAGACAUGUACACCAUCAACCUUCACCGAAUCGAGAAGGACGUCCAGCGUUGCGACAGGAACUUCUGGUACUUCACUCCCGCCAACCUGGAGAAGCUCCGUAACAUCAUGUGCAGCUACGUUUGGCAGCACCUGGAGAUCGGCUAUGUCCAGGGUAUGUGUGACUUGCUGGCACCCCUCCUCGUCAUCCUGGAUGACGAGGCCAUGGCUUUCAGCUGCUUCACAGAGCUCAUGAAGAGGAUGAACCAGAACUUCCCUCAUGGGGGUGCCAUGGACACCCACUUUGCUAACAUGCGGUCUCUCAUCCAGAUCCUGGACUCUGAGUUGUUUGAGUUGAUGCACCAAAAUGGAGACUACACCCACUUCUACUUCUGCUACCGAUGGUUUCUGUUGGACUUUAAACGAGAGCUGGUGUACGACGACGUGUUCGCCGUGUGGGAGACCAUCUGGGCCGCUAAGUACACCUCCUCAAGUCACUUUGUCUUGUUCAUUGCUCUCGCUCUGGUGGAGCUCUACAGGGACAUCAUACUGGAAAACAACAUGGACUUCACGGACAUCAUCAAGUUCUUCAAUGAGAUGGCGGAGCAUCACAACAUCCAGCAGAUACUGACUCUGGCUCGCGACCUGGUGUGCAAGGUGCAGACGCUCAUUGAGAACAAGUGACCCCACGUGACCCCACUUCCUGUCAGUUCCCCUGAACAGGCUUCCCAGUUUGCUGCUUGUCUCAGCCGCGUCUGACCUGGAGUCUCGUAUGCCGUCUGUCACCGUGCAAAACCGUGUAUCAUUGCCUUUUGCCAUUCAGCAUUCUCCUGCAUCUGCCAGUAUGUGUGUAAUAUAGCCUACUGUAACAGGUAACAGUUCAGGUAUGGAAACUCAAUGUGUAUUCUGGCCUAUAAGAGGCACAUGGCCCCGGAGGAUAGUCUGAUGUCACCUCUGUAAAACCUUAAUAAGUAGAAGCAAUUUGACUGAUGGUGUCUUCAUAAGAUAGAUCAGGUUUUCAGGUCAAAAGUCACUAUAGAAGUGAUAUCAACAUGCAGCAUUCGGUUCUGACCAUCAAAGACCACUUCAGUGUUAUGGACAGGCUGAGCUAUCUCCUCCUAGAACUUAAGCUCGCUUUCUGGACUGUUCUCUUAGAGAGCGGCUGGAGAUCGUCUUUCCGGCUGAGUUUGCAAAUUAAGAGCGAGAAAACAUUACAAAUCUCAGCCACAAUAUUUCCGGAACAUUUCCGUAUUCGAUUGUCGAGGUGCUUCGUAUUGGCGCAAUUAUAAUGACUCAGUUUGUUAGUCAGCAGGAGGGCGAAACAGAAGUCAAGUCAGUUGGAGUAAGAACAGGUUGUGAGUCAUUAGCUCAAAAGAAGAAAAGGCCAUUUAGGCAGCACUCAGGUGCAUUUAUACAAAGUUCUCUAUCUGGCAUGUUUCACAACAGAAAUUAGUAGUUUUUCAGUGACAUCAAACUUUCUGAAAGUCAUGUCCAUUACAUAAACACACGAUAUCACCAGAAAAUUAUCUGUUACUUUUGUGAAGAGAUAUCCUGGAAAUAAUGUAUGAAAUUUAUUGUACUGUCCUGACAAUCAACGUUCUCACAUUUUAACAUGGUUCAGGUCCAGCUUGCUUGCCAGUAUGUUUUCCAAGGGCCUUUAGGACUGACUUUUGGCCUCAUGACUAACAGAUACACACAUAUCUUUAAUCAUUAAAAUAUCAGAAUGCCUUCAGUAUGUCAGAUUUUAAAAAAGAGGCAAAUUGCAAAAUCCACUUUUAUCAUUCAGUGCUUCUGACUGAAAAACGGCUUAAAACCUUUUUUCAUGGAAAUAUGUCUGGAUGAGGAAUUUUGAAUUGAUCCAGUAACAAUUUCAACUGACAGUACAAAGGUUUUCCUAAAAUCAUGCAAAAAUGUAAAUGAGCUAAUUUUAGUAAAGUCAGCUUUAUUUGAAUAAUUGUACGAUUGUACAGUGCAUUCUGUUAUUGUUCACACACCAUUGAGGCUUUUGUUAUAAGGUAUAAUUACCUUCCCUCAAAACUAGCAUUGGUGUAGUAUCGUCUUUGUAUGAUGCUUUUAUUUUGGUGAGCCUGCCUGCAUAUCUGCGAACCUGUGUGACUGGAAGCAAGAUGGUCCAUUGCAUUCUGGGAAGAAACAUGAACACUGUUGAAAGGCUGUCAGCAAUGUGUUAAUGCCAAUGUAUUAUAUUACAUUUUUAUUUUCCCCUCCUAUGGCAUUGGUGUCUGUUCCAAGAUAAAUCUAUAUAUUGCUGUCUGUGUAUUGUACUGUAACAAGGGGAAAUUAACAAAUGUAAUUAAAAAGUGUCUGUGUAUUAAGAAAAAAACUAUAUUAUGAUAUAUGUAAUAUAUAUAGAGAGAGAAACGUAUAUGAUGUAUAUGUGAAUUAUGGUUUUCUGGACAAAAAUGAAUACAAAAUACAAAGAUAUAAUACAGUGCUCUUAUUUAUUUUUUCAUUAUUCUUCAGUGAAUCACUGUAUAUUAUGUAAAUCUUGUGAUGCUUAUUCAACGUUUUCUAUUGUCAGUCAAUAUUUAAAGUACCCCCAUGCCUUGUAAAAUGUAUCUUAUUUUCAUUGAUCUCCCUCAGUACCAUUCCUGUGUUUCAGGUUGAUCGAUAGGGAUGGAGUCCAUUUUAACUUAAAUAACAACAUGUGUUUGACAUAACACUUUGUAUUAUCAAAGUAAAAAAGGAAAACCUGGAUUACCAAUACAAGUAAACUGUCAACUAUUAAGACAGAUAGAUAUAAGGUGUUUGCAGGUAGUUUUUAUACAUUUAGUUCCUCAGGUGAGACAUUUUUAAAUCCAAACCAACUUCAUACAUCUGCAUGCGUUACUGUAGAAAUUUAUGUGUGGUUCCUGGAUCAAAGGUCACUAGCAUCCCAUUCAGGAUAUGACAGCAACAACAUUAAGGUAACAGAUUUACAUCUUUAACCAAUAUGACGUCUGCAGCCCUUUUGUAGAAAAGAACUUUGUUCAGCACUGUGUUUUAGAGACAAGCUGUAACUUAACUUGAACAUGUCACACGAAGGUCCCUUUCACCCUGCUCUGAAAGUGACCUUUUUUAAAGUCUUGCAAUUGUUUCACAUUAAUUAUGCCACCUAGUGACUUAAUGUACAUUCACUUGUGCUAUAAGAAUGUAUGCUAGAACAUGCCUGUGCACUGUUUACAAAGAUGUAUUUGCCAGAAUUGAAUGCAGACUGCUAUUGCUGCCUUGGGGAAGUGUCAUUUGUAUUCAUAAAGCAAACUGUAGACCACCUGCCCCCUUUACCACACAAUUAUUAUGCUGCAAAACUGACUCUUAACUAAUGGUACAGGGGACAACUUACAUUUCCCUACAUUUCUCACAUCACAGAACUGGACCUCCAUUCCUAUUCUUCAACUUCCUGAAUUCAUCUGUGUUUUUAUGUUGCGGAUGUUUCUCGUAAUGCAUUUAAUGGUAACUCUUUGUGACUGCAAAUUACUGUAUGUUACAGCAAAAUGACAACAAAAAUUUAUAUAUUUUAUUGAUUUAUUUACUUGAAUUUGCUUUUUUUCUAAGCUAAUAUAUUUGUUAUUUUGUGGUUGGUCAUAAACAGUAUAAUGCAAACAAAUUCUAAAUAUUAGAUGGUCUAUGUAUUUAUAAAAAACCCAAUAAAAUGGAAUUCUUCUUAUUUUUCCAA